AUGGCAGCAUUGCUUAGAUGGCACCAUUUUCUACUAGCUCUUUUCAUAUCCUUAAAGCCCCUGGCCUUGGCUCAAGAGAUAAACCAGUUCAUCUACAACGGCUUCAAGGGAGCCAACCUGAGCCUCAACGGGAUUGCAAGUGUUCACCCCAAUGGCUUGUUGGAACUGACAAACACGUCAAAGCAGCAAAUUGGCCAUGCUUUCUUCCCAUUUCCCUUCCAUUUCAAUACAUCUUACUCCAACAAUUCUCGGUCCCUCUCAUUUUCUACCAACUUUGUGUUUGCCAUGGUUCCGGAGACGCCAAUACGUGGUGGACAUGGAAUUGCGUUCACUAUCGCUCCAUCUACAGAGUUCAAGGGUGCCACUGCCACUCAAUAUCUUGGACUCUUUAAUUCUACCACAAUCGGUUUAUCUUCAAACCAUUUGCUUGCAGUGGAGCUUGAUGCUGUAAGAAGCCCGGAGUUUGGAGAUAUCGGUGACAAUCAUGUUGGGGUAGAUGUCAACAAUUUGACAUCCAUUCAAUCUGCUCCAGCAUCAUACUUCUCGGAACAUGUAGGGACAAAUGAGAGCUUGCAGCUCAUAAGUGGGGAUCCAAUGCAGGUGUGGAUAGACUAUGAUGAAAUGGAGAAGCUACUCAACGUAACUCUAGCUCCUGUAAACAUCAUGAAACCUCAAAAGCCUCUCUUGUCAACAACUAUUGAUCUUUCUCUAGUUCUUCUGGAUUCUCUGUAUGUUGGUUUCUCUUCAUCCACUGGUUCUGUAUCUAGUCACCAUUAUAUUCUUGGUUGGAGCUUCAACAAAAGUGGGCAAGCACAGAGCCUUGACACUUCAAAGCUUCCUUCACUUCCUCCUGAAAGAAAUUCAACCAACAAACCAGAUUUACGAAUUAUGAUCCCAUUGAUAACAGUAUCUGUUUUACUCAUCUCAAGUUUUGCAACUAUGUAUAUUAUGAGGAAGAGAUAUGAAGAAGUACGCGAAGAUUGGGAGCAGCAAUAUGGUCCUCAAAGGUUUCGCUACAAGGAUCUCUAUAAAGCAACUAAAGGUUUCAAAGACAAAGGACUCCUUGGUUAUGGAGGUUUUGGAAGGGUUUACAGAGGAGAUUUACGUUCUUCCAAGGUGGAAAUUGCAGUCAAGAAAGUCUCUCAUAAUUCGAACCAGGGAAUGAAGGAAUUUGUAGCUGAAAUUGCCAGCAUGGGCAGGCUAAGGCAUAGGAACUUGGUACAGCUCUUAGGCUACUGCCGGCGGAAAGGAGAGCUUUUCUUGGUCUAUGACUAUAUGCCUAACGGAAGCCUCGACAAGUUCCUAUUUUGUAAAGAAAAACCCAACCUUAAUUGGGCUCAGCGAUAUCAAAUUCUCAGGGGAGUAGGAUCUGCUCUUCUUUACCUCCAUGAAGAGUGGGAACAAGUUGUUCUGCAUAGAGAUGUGAAAGCUAGCAAUGUUCUAUUAGAUGCCGAUCUUAAUGGACGGCUAGGAGAUUUUGGGCUUGCUAAGUUUCAUGACCAUGGAUCAACUCCUCAAACAACCAAUGUGGUUGGAACUGUUGGAUAUCUUGCACCAGAGAUUACUAGAACAGGAAAGGCUACUACCUGUAGUGAUGUUUUUGCUUUUGGGACCUUCAUGCUUGAAGUAGCUUGUGGAAGGAAACCUGUAGAGUCAGAAACACCACCUGAGGAGGUCGUUCUGGUUGACUGGGUAUUUGAAUCCUGGAAAAGAGGGGCCAUUCUUGGGACAGUUGAUCCUAGAUUGGAAGGUAACUAUGUGGAGAAAGAAAUGGAUUUGAUUUUGAAGCUAGGUCUGCUUUGUACACAUCUCACUCCAGCAGCUAGACCUAGCAUGAGGCAAGUGGUGCAAUAUUUGGAUGGAAACGCUACUUUGCCAGAUUUACCACUUGAUGGUGCACGAAUUGGUUUAGUUCCAGUUAGCAAUGAAGCAUCUAGAGAUUAUGUUUUAACAAUCCCUAUACCUUCAAAUGAUAUAUCUUCCUAUUCCUUGUCUGACUCUGAAUCAAUCCUCAGUGGUCGUUGA